UUUUUUUUUUUUUUUGCAAGAGUAGAACCCACCAGAUACGCUUUUUCAUUUGGAACCACGCAUGACACUUUCUCACCAAAGGCAACGCGUAAUUUGGCACCCUUUGCGCACUUCAUCCGCUUUUACCGUCUGCGUAUUUUGCGCAUCACCAAGAGAAGCCCUAGGAACUCGUUUUUUUUUUCAAGCUGCACUGCAAAAAAUAUCCACCUCAACUAAAGUUUCUUCAUUGCAUUUCGUUGUUAAAAGCUCCUGACAUGCGUAAAAGUGUGUUUUCAUUGGGCUUGUUGUUGUUUUUUGCAGCGUUGGCAGUAAAACCACGUCAUUCUGUCAAACAACUCCCCUUUUUUCCUCCCCGUUGGACCACUAUCCACAGUUAGAAACAACUGGAUAAAGAUUUAGGAUCAGAAGCACAAUUAUGAUGACCGGAUUUCGGCUGAACUUGUCGCCGCUCAAGGAGCCUCUGGGCUUCGUCAAACUGGUGGAGUGGCUCACGGCCAUAUUUGCUUUUGGAAGCUGUGGUGGAUUCUCAGGGAGGAACGUGGUAUCUCUCUUCUGUGGCGAUGGCAGGAACGAAACUCUCAAUGCCAACUUCCACUACCCAUUUAGGUUAAACCAGGUCUCACUCAUCGAGGGAAACACCACUAUUUGUAACCACUCUGUCGCGACCACACACUUGGUGGGCGAUUCAGCCUCCUCGGCGGAGUUCUUUGUGGGCAUCGCCACCGUCUGCUUUCUGUACAGCAUGGUGGCUCUGUUGGUGUAUUUAGGUUACAUGCACGUCUACAAGGACUCUGACUUUGGACCCAUUUUUGACUUUGUGAUCACAGCGAUCCUGGUCUUCCUGUGGUUGGUGUGUUCGUCCGCCUGGGCAAAGGGCCUGCAGAAUGUGAAGGACGCCACAGACACUGAGGGUAUCAGCGCCACGCUGGCAUUCUUGAAGGGGAGCAACGUCACCUGCGAGGUCACGGAGUACGCCAGCGUGCGGACCCUCAACAUCUCUGUGGUGUUUGGCUACCUCAACAUGUUUAUUUGGGCAGGCAACGCCUGGUUUGUGUACAAGGAGACCCGUUGGCACUCUCAGAAAAUCUCCUCUCAACCUGGAUCUGGAAGGCAGCAGGUCCCUGCACCCAUCUAAAGCUCAGCGCAAUAUAAAGCAACAUAAACACACACACACAGUCACAUACAAAGACACACAGACACAGAAAUCGACACGUACACGCCACACAUAGGUACACAAACAGCCAUAAUUUGAGCACACGCACAUACACUCACUUGUAUAUCUAAAUGUGCAAGAAGACAUUAUUACACAUACACAUAAAAAAAAUAAUGCUCCGUGAAGAUGAUGAAGACAGAAAUGGAGGAUAAAAUGAUAGACGGUGAUAGUUUUGGAGUUAGUUAGUUAGUUAGUUGUACACAGAGCUGAACUGGCAUUGUAUAACCCAGAAUGACUUCAUGUCGUAUCAUUCCUCGCACAUACACGGCGUACUUGAGCUGAGGAGUUCAAAAAAAGCAGUGCAUGUUGCCUAAAAGACCCGAGCGACCCUGCAGUAGUAGAAGGCAGCGGAAGGAGAAAGUUUCAUGUGUAGUUUAGCUUUUUUUUUUUUAUUCUUUAUUUUUUUACCUGUUUCAUAUACCAUAGCAACACCAAUGCAAGUAGUAUGUCGAAUGCUUUUCAACCUGUGCCUUCUUACAACACUUCCUAAACGGUUUCUUAUGCUUUAGUAAGCAGAUACAUGCACAGACGAUGACCAAAUAUGUUUUUUAAACCUGAGCUUUACAACAGCGGGGUCCAUGUGGAGAGGUUUCCGCACUUCUCCGGUUCUCAAUUUUAGGAUGCAGGCUGAGUUUAUUAUGCUUAAUUAUAUACUGAUGAGUGUAAGGUACUUAACCCUUCUUUGUCUAUGACCUAAAACCAACAACAAGAGGCAGUUUUUCAUUUUGUAUUAUUUGCAGCAAUAGAGAUAAUGUGAUCAGGGUUGUCAGGGUAACAGAGAAGGGUACUAUGAAGCAUAAUGCUCUAUACCAUGUUACCAAAUUUACAUGCAUUGUAAUUUAUUGACGCAUAUCGCAUAUUUCAGACAUUAGAUACUGGUCUUGAAAUGUUUUUUUUUAAUCAUCCUUAAAAAGUGACUCACUUGAAUAUUAAUGAAUUCUCUCAUUCAUUGGCUCUCUCACAAUUAAGACCAUAUGCCCUCUAGUGGUGGUUAGCAUGUAUUGCAAGGUCAAGACAAGACCAGGUUUAUUAAUUACCAAAACUAGUGUAGACGUGUCUUGACAUGUUUUCAUGAAGUAUACCUAACCAUAAGUUUGUACAUUCAGUGCAUGAUCCCGGCAUGCACAGUGUACUCAUAUGGUGCUUUAACAUGCUGUCUUUUUAAAGCACUGUGACAGUGUAAAUCUAGAAAGAAUACUUGAUUGAGAGUUGGCUACUUAAUUCGUUCAAGAAACUCUUGUUGUGUGAGUGCAGCCAAAGUUCGAAGUGUUUUUGUUCAUCUGUGUCCAAUAGCUUUGAUUUAUUUAGUUUCCACUAAGGUACCAGUGGAAAUAUUUCCUUGAAUGUUUCAUUUAAGUAAAAAAAAAAAAAAAGAAAGAAAAGAAAAAAAAGUCUAUUGUCAACAUUUUGAAUGUAGUAGUGACUUUUAAUUUUGAUUCAUCACUUUUUUUUCUGCAUCACAGACACAACUCUGCCAAAGUGCUAUUUUUUCCUUUCUCUUUUUAAGCUUAUUUCAUAUCUCCGCGUGAUGCUAUAAAUCACUUAUUUUGUUGCUGUCUUGUUUUUUUGAUUGUCUAGUUUUUUUAAAAAUCUUCCAUGAAACACCAAACUUAUGUUGUGUUUUAUAAGCUGUGCCACUUUUUUUUUUAUAGCUUAUGUAGGUGAUUAUUUGAAUGAAUUUCUGUUUUUGAUUAUUGUCUUUUGAUAUAGGAAAAAAAAAUGUAUGUGUGAUGAUGUGAAUUGAAGCAAUUUCAAGCAACACGUGUGUUUGGUGUACUGGUUAUGCCUCCGCACUUGUGAUCAUCAUCCAAUUAGCUAUAGCUUUGUCAAUGAUUCCUAUGCAUUUAACCUGCCAAAUUGUCUUACUCAAGAGAUAUGUACAUUCACUCUGUGCACAAUUUCAAUGUACCUUUGUUUUUUCAAUAAAAAUUAAUGAUUUUUUUCAUUAA